AUGUCAACUUUCUUCAGAGGGCCCGUUUGUGGAACAGACAACUGUAGGUCGCGGCUAUGGCGUAUCAUUGAUGGACGAAGAACAUGUCAAUACGGACACGUUAUGGAGGGAGAUGUGGAGUACAAUGACGACGAAGACGAUAUUAAUAGCAUGGGCGUUGUUACGCGACGUUUGAACCUAACAACUAACGCUACCGGUAGUUUUCGCUCGAGCAUGAACUCACAAUCGCAGAAUAGCCAAAAAUUGAACGAGUUCACCAAAGUUUACGGAGAAGAAGCAGACCGGCUGUUUUUGAAAUGUUUUCAGCACAUACUAAAGCUGCAAUGUGGAUGGCUUGUCAAAAGUCAAAAUUUCCCGCCCAUUUUCCAAGAAGUUGUCAAGACUAUGUGGAUGCGUCUUUUGAAAUCUCUGGAGCAGAACGAUAGUCAGGACUUGGAAACUCAAAAUGAGACAUCCUCGGCACGUCACGACUACUCACAAACGCGUGCCAGAUUGGGGCUAUCUCUACUAUCGAGUUUGGCGCUUCUGUAUACAGCUGGUGUGCACUUGAAAUUGCCAGCUUUCUGGCCAGACUAUUUGCGUUGGGUAUGUUCAAUGAAGCUAGUCUAUUUCAAGGCGAAUCUUCAGCUUCCGUCUUCGUGGCGCAAAAGUCUGCCCAACUACUAUCUACAAGUUCUGGAAGGAGGAAAGGCCCCCACAGCCGCUCAAUUCUACCACAAGUUGUCUGAAACUCACACCCGGAUCGAAACACACACACAUUUCAACGUUUCGAUCACUACAGAACCGCUCAUUCUGAAGCUCUUGCUGGCCUUGAGACUCCCGCCUCACUUGUCUUUCUAUACAUUAGAGUUGAUGCGCUUGACAGAGGCAAGAAAUGAUUUUAACGAGUUCAAGAUUCCAAAGCAUCGAAGGAUUCGAGACCUCAAACUGCAUGAGUAUAUGGAGCCCAUAACUGCUGCUUACGUUAUUUUAGCAUUACGGUUCAAACUUCUCGAGUUGAACCAGUUUCUGAAUAAUUACUGCACUGUUUGGCUAAGACUUUCAAACCUGGGGACAUCGGACGAUCUACUGACAACAACAUCUUACGGCUUAUCUUCGCCCGGAUCCUGGGACCAGAAGUCUACCGAUAAAUAUCUACAGUGGAUGGAAAGUCAAUUUCUUCCUGUGAGCACACGCAUGGAAAGCGAUUCGCAGAGUUUAGAUCAGCGAAUUGCCAAUCGGAAGCUGCACGCCAUGUUUCCGUCACCAAAACAAAGUCUGUUACCGUCAGAUAACGAGUCUAACUCCGAAAAAACUUUCACGGAUCAGGUACAAGAUGCCUACCUUUCCGUAUGUGACGGAAUGCAACAUUUACCGUCCGACCAAGAAGUCACAAGUGAAAAUGCGCAAGUACUCGCCUCCCGUGUCGAGGCCCGAUUAGUUACCUGGGUUUCCCAACACUGGGCCCUUUCCGAGCAGCAACUAAACGGCUGUCUCCAUCACUUACUUUCAGCGAAGGCACGUCAAGCUGCAUGA